AUGGAUAACUCACACCCUCGGAAUCGGCGACUCAUGACCUAUGGCUCUGCUGCCAAAAGUCAACCUCCGUUGAAUACUGAAAAACCUCUUCACUCAUCUGCCUCUAGAGCAACUCCGAAAGAAAUGCCUUUCCCAAGCUCGUCACGUCUCUCACGGCCAUUCUACACCAGAUUACAGCGCGACAAGAAUGGAGAUAAGCAACUGUCUGGAUCGGCAGAAACAAAUACGACUCGAGGACUUGCACAGCCAAAACCCAUCACGGAGUCUAGCGUGUAUGACUUCCCCUCUUCAGACGAUGAACAGAUGUCCAUGGUCCAGAGAAAGCGAAGGCGAUAUAGCCCCAAUGGAAAUAAGGCCGUUCCUGCGACUAAGCGAUCCGUGAAGCCAAACGAGACAGAGAAUGGAGAUCAUAACGUGUCACCACCAAUGGGGAAGAGGGUGCCCAGUGGCCAAAGGCCAUUGGCCAAAAAGCCAGAAGCCGACCAGCAGACAAACACCGUGGAGUCGACAUCAUAUUCAAGGGCUGGGAUGUUUGUGCGGAGCCAGACCAAGGUAUCUACUCUCGAGAAUGAAAUGGCACUUUCAAUCUGGGAGAGCCUCGGGGAUGGAGAGUCCAUGCGAAAGAGCUCGCCGGACAUCAAUGAGGCCUAUGCCACGAAAGCGAACCUCACCCCUGGUCGAAGGAGACUGAUUGACUCGCUCGGAAUUACGGAACACCCGGCUGAAACAUCUCCGGCGGUUGAAACACCACUAGAGAGUCCCGCUGGUAGCCAGCCGCGCCCGAACCCAACCCCUCCCGACCGAGCAUCGCCAAGCCCGGCUCUGAAUGAGUGUCCUGCCGAAAGCCACAUUCAAGGCUCCCCUGCCUCAGUUCCAUCCCAUUUAAGAGGUUCCCGCGUCACCUACGCCCGCCAGCGUUCUUUUUUGGAUGACUUGGUUAUGUCAGAGGACCUUUCGACGCACGGUGCUUCCUCGGGCCAGAAACACGGCUCUCAAUCUGUCCAACGUCAGUUGAAUUAUGAGGCUACUUCCAGCGCCCGUUUAAUCGUGCCGAAUGAGGAUACCAACGAGGAUGGCUCUGUCCGAAGUAUUCAUGAACUCAGGCAAGCUGGAGGAAACGCUCGUUACCGAGGAGCCGUCGAAUCUAUCUUUGAGGAUAUUGAAGAUCCGCAAAACUCGUUGACGGUUCGGUGCAGUGCGUUCCUCCAAUUGUGUGGCAAACUUAUGGAUACUGGGCUCAAACGGCGAUUUGUCGAAUGCAAUUUUGACAAAAGGCUUGUGGAUUGUCUGUCUAUGGACGUUCAGGUAGUCCCCACUAUUCUGGCUUUCUGUGCCUACGCACUGGCAUCAUCGGAUGGACAUAUGUCUUAUGUUCUUGCAACUUCCGCGUGGCCUAAGCUUCUAGAUGCAUCGCCUGCUUUACUGGACAUGCAAGACGAUAUACCAGGGGCCGCAAGAGCUCAAGCCGGCGGCCUCUCUCGGCCCUCACAAAAGACACUCCAAAAUACUAUUCCACAGAUAGCUGCUGUGCUGUUUCCCGAUCCUGCAUUGUCGAAACUAUCCCCAUGCACUCUGGCGUUGUAUUGCCUGAGGUCGACGAUUUCCACGAUGCAAACCAAAGGCGAGAACCCUAGCCUCUCCACGUCUCUUCUGAAGCCUUUGGCUCAAGUGCUCGUGUCAGAAGGCCAACGUUGUGUUUCGUUGGAAAAGAUACACCCAGAGAGCUCUCAGAUUCUGUGCAUGGGCUUUUCAAUCUUGGAAGCUUCUACUGCAUUGGCUGAGUCAUUCACGAAAGAGCAUUGGGAUAUCCUAGACCCGCUCUCUGAGCUUCAUAGCCUGCUCUGUUUGGAGUCAGGCACUGUGAGCCAAAUACAACCCCUCUUCAUUCGACUUAUCUUGAAUGUCACCAACAGCAACCCCUCUCUCUGUGAUAGAUUCGCAAACCCAGAGAUGGUUGGGGGACUAGUCCACAUCGUCUCUGCAAAAUUUGGUGAUUUGACGGAAGAUGCGCUUGGACAAACGAAUAAUUCUCUGGACAGCGUGAUAUUGGCGCUCGGCGCACUUAUCAAUCUGACUGAACAGAGUGAAGCAUCAAGAUCACUUUUUCUUCACUCUGCUGGUUCCUCAAAGCCUUUCCUUGAUCAACUCUUGCAUUUAUUCAUGGCUCAUGUCGAUUCCAUCUCCACGGCUCAUUCGGUCUUGGAAGUACACCACAAUGUUGCUGUGGGAUAUUUGGCCGUCCUUUUACUAACACUCAGUUUGGAUCCUGAGACUCGGUCCAGAAUCAAAAGCUCGCUCGCUCCCAACGGACUAACAGCGGUGAUAUCUACCGUUGAUGAAUUCCUGCAAUACCAUCAAAAGAUCGAACAAGAAGUCUCCACUUUCCCAACCCAGGGACAACCAGCGAGCGGGUUCCUGUCCAGGUUACAGGAACUUAUUACUCGGAUUCGACUGGCGGAGCAAUGA